AUGUCUGCCAAAAGAUUCAAUUCUUCAAUUACCCCCGUGAGAACCUCACAAGCUCCUCCACCUGCUGCUUCGUACUCACAAGCAAUCAAGGCUAACGGCUUUAUUUAUGUUUCCGGUCAAAUUCCCUACACUGCUGAUAACAAGCCAUUACCAGAGUCUUCAACAAUUCAAGACUAUGCCGAACAAGCAAUUCAAAACGUUUCUGCCAUUUUAGAAGCAUCAAAUUCUUCUUUGAAGCAUAUCGUCAAGGCUAAUAUCUUCUUAACUGAUAUGAAUGCCCAAUUUGGCGACUUUAACAAGGUCUACGCCAAAUACUUUAACGAGCAUAAACCAGCUAGAUCGUGUGUUGCUGUCAAGGAAUUGCCAUUGGGAGUUCCAUUGGAGAUAGAAGCAAUUGCAGUUGAGAAGGACGACUCCAAAUUGUAA